ACAGAUCAGCCUCCCUUGUCUAUUCCACUUGAGCUCCCCUCCCUGCCGAGGAACAGGCUGGAGCACCAUUCUUGUGCCAUUCAUCCCCCUCAGACCAGGAUCAUUGUCCCCCCUACCACCAACCAACUCAGGAAUUCCAUGUAUGUUGUGCAAUGCAGCAGCGGCCGCAGCAGCCCACCCUUUCCCUGAUGUGACAAGGGCCCCUCAGGAUGAUCUGAAGCUUUCUUAUUAUUGAUUACAAGUCCCUUUUUUUUUUGGGGAGGAAGAGUGGGAACUUAUCUAUGUGACGCUUCCCGGUGCCCCCCAAGUGCCACUGAGAAUCACCGUAGGAUGAGCCCCUGAAUAGGUGACUCUUUGGAUGAUCUGCAUGCAUUUCAUAGAAGAGCGGGGCCAGAGAAAUGCCGCGUACAACUGUUUAUCAAAUAUCUCCCUUAGCGCUUCUACUUUUCCUUUUAGCGUGCAGCGGAGGUAACACCCAAGUGCAGAGGGCAGGGUGUAAGAACGUUCACUAUGACUUGGUCUUCAUCUUGGACACCUCUUCAAGCGUAGGCAAAGAAGACUUCGAAAAGGUUCGGCAGUGGGUAGCAAAUUUAGUGGACACGUUUGAGAUCGAGCCAGAUAAGACCCGCGUGGGCGUUGUACGGUACAGUGGGAAACCUUAUACUGAGUUUGAUUUGGGAAGAUACCAGACUCUGGAAGAUGUGAAAGAAGCUGCUCGAAAUAUUAAAUAUUAUGGAGGAAACACCAACACUGGGGAUGCACUUCGAUAUAUAACAACGUACAGUUUCUCUGAAGAGGCCGGCGGGAGGCCUAGGGACAGGGCGAUUAAAAAAGUAGCCAUACUUUUGACAGAUGGACGGAGCCAAGAUCUGGUGCUGGAACCAGCCACUGCUGCCCAUAAAGCAGGGAUCAGGAUAUUUGCCGUUGGAGUUGGGGAAGCUCUAAAAGAAGAACUGGAUGAGAUCGCCUCUGAUCCCAAAUCCGCUCACGUCUUCCACGUGUCUGACUACAAUGCUAUCGAUAAGAUCAGAGGAAUUUUGAGAAGAAGACUUUGUGAAAAUGUCCUGUGUCCAAAUGUUCGGAUCGAAGGAGACCGAUUCAAACACAAAAACGGCGAAAGAGAUGAAAUUCCAGAUAGGUGUCCUGGAAUUCAAUGCAAAUCUCAAGGUUUUGAUCUCAUGGACUUAUUCCGCGUGAAAGAGACAUUCGGAAUGAAGGAGAAUGGAGUGCAGAGUUCUUAUGUCCGACUUGGAACCAUGCCCAUUGUGCAGCAGACUGAGGACAUAUUCCCACAAGGACUUCCGGAUGAAUAUGCCUUUGUAACAACAUUCAGAUUCAGGAAGACUUCCAGGCGAGAGGACUGGUAUAUAUGGCAAAUUAUUGACAAAUAUGGAAUCCCCCAGGUGUCUCUGAGACUGGAUGGGGAAAAUAAAGCUUUGGAAUAUAGUUCUGUUGGAGUCACCAAGGACGCAGUGAAGGCGAGCUUUCGUGGAACGCAAGUCAGCGAUCUGUUUGACCGUAACUGGCACAAGAUAGCGAUGAGUGUCCAGUCCAACACGGUCUCCCUUUAUAUCGACUGCAAACUUGUAAUGACUGUACCCAUCGAAGAGAGAGAAAAUAUCGACAUUCAAGGGAAAACUGUGAUUGGAAAACGCCUUUAUGACAGUGUGCCCAUUGAAUUUGAUCUCCAACGCAUCGUUAUAUACUGUGAUUCUCGCCAUGCUGAACUGGAGACUUGCUGCGACAUUCCCAAUGGGCCAUGUGUAAUCACUGUAGUCACAGAACCACCUCCUAUUGUGCCAACACCCACGGCCGCUGAACAGAGGGUAACGCACAACAUUCUCAACUGCUCUCACUGCCCCUAUGGAGAGAAGGGUGAAACGGGUUUACCAGGUCCAGAAGGUCCAAUGGGGCCAAAGGGAGAAGAAGGCAAGUCUGGAGCUCCGGGGCUGAAAGGAGAGAAAGGGGAGCCUGGAAGGAUUCUUGCAACAAAGGGAGAGAAAGGAGAGCAGGGAGAUACAGGGAAACAAGGGAUUUCUGGAAUCAGAGGAGAAAAGGGAGAGAAGGGAUCUAUUGGUUUACCUGGGGCUUUUGGAAGAGAAGGAGCCAAAGGAGAGAGAGGAGACAGAGGUGAAAGGGGUGAAACCGGGGCUGCAGGCCCCCCUGGACUUCUGGGACUGGAAGGACCAAGGGGACCACCUGGACUUGCCGGCCCAAUUGGCUCACCUGGAUUACAAGGGGAAAGAGGAGAGAAGGGCUCCAGAGGGGAGAAGGGUGAACACGGAAUAGAUGGGUUUCCUGGAAAGCCGGGCUCAGAAGGGAGAGAGGGUCCUAAGGGCGGCACCGGGUUGCCCGGCGGGCAAGGAUUCAAAGGAGAGAGGGGUGACAAAGGAGAAGCCGGACCUCCGGGACUGCCGGGCAGUGCUGUUCAGAUUGAAGGGCUGAAGGGAGAGCAAGGAAUUCCCGGACCUCGUGGACCUCAUGGUCCUAUAGGACCACCUGGACCUCCAGGACCACAGGGAGCCAUAGGAGGCCCUGGACUUCCAGGUCUUGAAGGACAGAGGGGACAGAAAGGAGAAGAUGGUUUGGCUGGAAUUGAUGGUCUACCUGGAGUUGAGGGCCCCCCUGGACCUGCUGGUGUUGCUGGACCCCCAGGACUUCCUGGUCCUCAGGGACUGCCCGGAGAAAUCGGAUUUCCAGGGAAACCAGGGAAAAUUGGGCUGACGGGGUUACCUGGAAAACAUGGGGUGGAUGGAGUCCCCGGACCUAUUGGUCCCAAGGGAGAACAUGGAGAGAGAGGUUUGGACGGGUUUCCAGGCAAAAUGGGCCCCAAGGGAGAAAGCGGAGGGCAAGGCCGGCCUGGACCUGCUGGUGAAAAUGGAGAAGCAGGCCCACCAGGACUCCCUGGAGCUGAUGGACAGAGAGGCGACAAAGGGGAUCAGGGAGAAAAGGGAAACGCUGGACAAGCUGGAUUUAAGGGGGAAAAAGGAGAUCAGGGUGCAGUUGGACCCCCUGGUUUGCCUGGCACAGCGCAUACGGUAGAUCCUGUAACGGGCGAGCCUGGACUUCCAGGACCCCCAGGGGAGAAGGGUGAAAAGGGAGAACAAGGAGAUCCCGGAGAACACGGUCUGAAAGGAGAAGCUGGCAAAGAAGGCCCAGUGGGGCCAAUAGGGCCAAAGGGCUCAGGAGGACAAGAUGGAAUAAAAGGAGAAUCAGGCCCUAAGGGAGACUCUGGCCCCCAAGGACCCGCCGGCCCCCCAGGACUGAGAGGCUUGCCAGGGAGCGUGGGGAGCCCUGGGGACAUUGGCUUGCCUGGAAAUGAUGGUGUGAAAGGGGAAAAGGGUGAAGCUGGGAAAGAAGGAAAGGUUGGACCACAAGGACCUCCAGGAGAAGCAGGUCUUGCAGGAAUACCAGGCCUCCCCGGCAAAGGAAAGACUGGAGAACCGGGAGAACGUGGUGACCCCGGGACAUCUGGACCUCCUGGCUCAAAGGGGGAGAGAGGGUCUCCGGGUCUCCCCGGGCAACCUGGAAGCAGGGGACCCCCUGGGAUCGGAAUUGAUGGAUCACAAGGACCCGCCGGCCCUUCUGGAGAGAAAGGAGCUCAGGGUGCAAGGGGAACUGCUGGACCUCCAGGUCCUCAGGGGCCACCUGGACAAGAUGGUUUUCCAGGAAGCCCAGGGGAGAGAGGACUUCCCGGAGAGCCGGGCCCGGCAUCAGCACUUUCCCUAGGAGAGCUAAAUCUGAAGGACAUUUGCACAGACUGCCCACCGGGGCCCCCUGGGCUCCCUGGAAUGCCAGGAUUUAAAGGAGACAAAGGUCUGCGAGGAUCCCCAGGAAGGGAUGGCAUUGAUGGCAAAAAGGGUGAACCUGGCAUUAUGGGUCCUCCAGGCCCAACAGGAUUGGAUGGAAUGAAGGGGACUAAAGGAGAAAGAGGAGCUUAUGGGGAAUCGGGACAAAAAGGCGAACAGGGAAUACCGGGAAUGCCUGGCUUUAUUGGACCCCCUGGUGUCGUUGGCCCACCGGGAGCAGAUGGUCUUCCAGGACUAAUGGGGCCACCAGGAUCUCCAGGAAAUAUUGGUAAAGAAGGUCCAUCAGGUCCUCAAGGGCCACCAGGGCUACCAGGACUUCCGGGCAUUGCUGGGAAGGACGGAAAGGAUGGAAAACCAGGAGCUCCCGGAGAAACAGGAAAACAAGGAGAACCGGGUAUCCCAGGCCGGGAAGGUACCAGAGGGUUACCUGGUUUCAAGGGACACAGGGGAGAUGCAGGGCCCCCGGGCACCAGAGGGGAGCCGGGAGCAGCUGGACCCCCAGGGCGAGAAGGGAGCCCAGGAAAGGACGGCGACCCAGGACCUCCAGGGCCUCAGGGACCACGAGGCAUUCGAGGACCACCUGGUAAAAAUGGACAAGCAGGCCCACCGGGGACCUCCGGGGUUCCAGGGAGCGCUGGCCCCAAGGGAAGCAAAGGAGACACUGGCAGUGCCGGUAUGCCAGGAUUUCAAGGACCCAAAGGACCAAGGGGAGAGCCUGGAGAAAGUGGCCCACCAGGAAAAGAGGGCUUAAUGGGAAAACCUGGUGACCGAGGAACCAAAGGAGACCGCGGAGAUCCUGGCAACAAAGGCGACAAGGGGAUGCAAGGAGACAAAGGUCAAGCUGGAGAACCUGGUCCACCUGGACAUAAAGGUCACACUGGAUUGAUGGGGCCGGCAGGACCACCAGGAGAAAGGGGUCAAUCUGGGAUGCCAGGUCCACCAGGAUCACCAGGAUUAACUGGUCCGAGGGGAGACACCCCGUCGCUGGAUACUCUCCGAAGGCUCAUCCAAGAAGAACUUGGGAAACAGCUUGAGAACAAAAUAGCCUACCUCAUGUCUCAGAUGCAACCAGCACAUAUCAAAGCUUCACAAGGCAGACCCGGACCCCCAGGCACCCCCGGAAAAGAUGGACAUGAUGGUCGCCCUGGGCCACCAGGAGAACCAGGAAUACCAGGGCAAAUGGGACGCGAGGGGCCAGCAGGACCAAUGGGUCCAAAAGGUGACAGAGGCCUCAAAGGAGAAAGAGGAGAAGCUGGAGUUGGAAUGAGGGGAGACCCUGGCCCCCCGGGAACACCAGGUCUGGCGGGUGAGCCGGGGUAUGCUAAAGAUGGUCUACCAGGAACCCCAGGACCUCAAGGAGAACCAGGGUUACCAGGAUCUGCUGGACCUCAAGGACCACCAGGUCAAAACGGACAAUGUGAUCUAUCCCAAUGUGCCUACUAUGCAAGUCUUGCUUCAAGACCUGGCAACGUCAAGGGACCUUAAUUUCCUGAAGGACCUACGAACUCGUUUCUGAAACCUGAACAUAUUGUUUAAACCACCCAAAAACUGAAGAGUGCAAGAAUAUUUGAUAGGUUUAUUUCACUCUAAGGCGAAUUCCUUAGGGAGAUGUUUGAUUUAGGGUUUGUUUUUAUUUUUAACAGAAGACACCACCAAUUACUGCAGGUCGGUGAAGAUGAAUCGAUUUCCUCCGUUUCUUUUGGGAUAUACAUAUAUUUUUGGCUCUCUCGUUAUAUCUUUUGUUUGAAGAUAGAAUCGUACAAUGCUACAAUGCUUCGCUCUUUUCAGAGAUGUUUUUUUGUAGGUGCAACAGGACCCUCCUAAGGUGCUGACCAUAGACUGGUCUCUAUCAAUUCAUAAUGUGUGGGUAUAGCGCUUCAUAGUCAAGCAAACUCCCACUAUUAUGUGUUUAACCAGGGUGCUAAAUAAUCAAGGUUCCUCAGUCGAUCAUUUCAAACCCUGAAAAGUACUGUAACAUUAUGUUGAAGGUGUCCCAAAGGGAAACUAUGAAAUAUCCUACCUAUGUUUAAAAGGGAAACUAUA